UAACAAUAUUCAUAGCUCCAAAAACAUAUAACCAUGGCUGCGCCAUCUGAAACUAAUAUCUCAAACUCACCAUCAUCUCUGUCUCAAUUUUUACAAGAAAACUCUUACACUGAAGAGUUGAGAGAGUUUCUGAAUUCACUACCCAAAGAAACAGGUUGGCUCACUCCUGAUUUGUACAACUACAAAGGGUUUUGGUUGGAACCCUCUCUCUUGCAAGGUGCUCUUACAUCCCACCAACAUUUCCAGGCUCAAGACUCUGAUGUUAUACUAAGCACCUUCCCUAAAUCCGGCACCGUUUGGUUGAAAGCUCUGGCAUUUGCGUUGAUCACUCGAAAACACUUCCUUGCAUCGCAAGAAAGUGAAGAAACCCACCCUUUACACACAAACAACCCUCAUGACCUCAUUCCCUUCUUGGAAUUCUCUUAUGCAGUAAAUGAGAGACCUGAUUUCGCUUUGACUAACGGGUUGAGGCUAUUGGCUACACAUUUACCGCUCUCGUUGUUGCCCAAAUCGGUGUGGGAAUCGAAAUGCAAGCUGAUUUAUCUCUGCAGGAACCCGAAGGACACCGUGGUGUCGUUCUGGCACUUCAUAAAUAAGCUGAGGAGUGAGCUUCGAGGCCAGGAAGCUAUGCCGUUUCCUGAGGCGUUUGAUAGUUAUUGCAGGCUAUUUAAGGUUGGAGAUUGGAGGAACCAUCUGACAGAUGAAAUGGCGAGGAGACUUGAUCAAAUUGUUGAAGAAAAGUUUUCAGGGACAGGGCUCAAGUUCUGAUACCCUCUCAUCACAUCACUUUCUGGGCUUCUGAUACCAAUUGUUCAAUAAAGUCACAAUUUUAUUUCAUUAUACUUACAUAAGAGUCACAGUACUAUGUUUUAAUAACAACAGGAUGCUGGACUCGUCAUUUCCAGCUUCAACAAUCCAGGUUUUUAAUUUGUUGGGAGUUUAUGUGCACAUUAAAACAUAUGUUAAUCUACUUGUUCAUAUAUGUGUCUUAUUAUAUAGUACUAUAUUCAGCCAUAGUUCUUUAGUUGGAUAUUAUGGAAGACAGCCAAUAAUAUAAUAAUUUUAAAAU